UUGAUGUUUCAAUCUGAAACAUGGGUGUAGUGACUGGCUAUGAGUGGGUCUGUUGGGGGUGAUGUGAAGUGGAUGUGUGAAGGCCAAAGGUCUUAGCUGACAACAAGGGUUAGGGUCUUUCUUCAGGAUGGCUCAGGGUUGCUACUGCCACAGUGUUUGAUAUAUGAUAGUGCAGGGUAGUAGUAGUAGUAGUAGUAGUAGUAGUAGUAGGCAUAGUUAUGUGGGAAGAUGACCGGUCGUGUGGGAAGAUGACCGGUCGUGUGGGAAGAUGACCGGUCGUGUGGGAAGAUGACCGGUCGUGUGGGAAGAUGACCGGUCGUUGUGGGAAGAUGACCGGUUGUUCUGGGAAGAUGACUGGUGGUACAAGAUGACUACCGCACAAACGUGUGACUUUGUCCCAGUGAACGCAGAAACACAUGUCAGCGCGACAGUACUUGUUUUUUAAUACGGAAGUUUAAUCUCCCCCAUCUUUUUAUCACGUAAUCUCUUCUACAUGCACACACAUGCACACCCAAACCAACAAAAAACCCUCUCCCAACGCUGAUUAUCUCUCUUUAUCACACUUUCCUAUUUCUUAAAUAAUAUUAAAACUGAAAUUAUUGAAUCACCUUCUUUGUUGGGACGCCUGAGGUGGAAGGGGGAGGGGGUAGGACGGUGGUAGUGCCGGAUAAUAGGAAAUCGGAACACCAUGCACGUCCCUACAUUCUCCUAAAAAUCUUGUUGCAUCCGUUUCCCCUACCCUCACAUUCUAUGCUCGCCGCCUACGCCCUUCCCAUUUUUUUCGCUUUUUUUUAAUUCUUUGCUAAAAAAUGGAGCUUCGCUGUUGGGUGUUAUUUUCCCAAAAACCUUAAAAGCAUGUUUUAUUUUACACGGGUCAUCACGGACGUCAACAGUCGCAUUUCUGAAAAAUCUCUAUACAUAACACGCCGAGGGCUCAUCGCAAUUACAGGGAGCUCACAUCCACCGUUUGAAUGAUGCACCAGUCAAUUGAAACCACGGCACCCCGACCCCCGGGAAAUAGCGGGGAAAGUAACAUUCAUUUGGUGUUAAAUGCUCUUUACUUUCCCGGCUACCGGGGCCUGUGACGCUGUUACAACCCCCGGUUCAUGGCCCCGGUGUAUUUUUAAUCGGGUGCAUGAUACAUCCACUUCAGAACAGGCUACCUCCAAAUUGAAAAAUCAACAGACAUCGAUAGAUAGCGAGUAAACUUCAACACUAUCAGAUAAUUAGAUUUGUUGAAAGAAUAAGCCGGGAAAAUUUUUUGAUUUUACCUUUUAGUUUUUUCGCAGUCGAGACGGCCGUUAGACCGCUAAACCAAUAAGGGAGCACCAGAAAGCAACAGGCGCCGAAAAAAUAGACAAGAGAUACAAACGCACACACGCACUAAGAACAACUCUAGAAACAACUCUAACUAACUUUAUUCAAACCGUAGAGGUGAGCUUCCUGUGCCGCAAUUUUUCCCGCCGAAUGCUCGGUAGUUUCCCGGAUGACCGCGCGCGAGCUUAGCACGGAUAAAAUAUCAAAUAUUUCUUUGCAUACGGUACUUCUACCAUGGAUCAAGUUCUCGAGGAAAACGAACUUUUCAUCCGGAAUCCUGUGGCUAUCCAGGACACAUACACUGAUAUGCCUGAUUCUGAAUGGGCUAUUCUUUGUGCGAAGUAUAUAAACGAGUUUAUGCUUCAACAAAUGGUAGCUGUGAAUGAUCCUGCAGUUCAUGAUCGAGCAGCAUUUAUCAUUUCAUCUCUUAGGUCUCUGCAUUUCUCCCGACUUGGGAAACAUGUAGCAAAUGUUCCAAUUGGUAAGUAUUGUUGUACAUUAACAUUAUUUUCAGUUUGAAAUGAUCUCUAACUAGGUAACUAACGAACCAUCUAACACUAUCAGUAGAAACAUGUCUUGACGGCAAGUUUGUCCUGCGAUAUCUACGGUCAAAACCGAAUCGUGUCAAACUGUGGUCGCAAUAUAGUGUUGCAUUUAGCAAAGACAAGUUCACAAGCGAACAUCAAAUGUCAAAUCCCGUUGCAUUUACGAUUUAACAAAACGAAGGGGAUCUUAGCUGGGAAAAGGAUUCGAUAGGAUGCCUCAUCCUAAAACGAUUAUAUGUGCACAUGUUUGUGACAUGGAGAAUGAUAAAACCUGAGCGCAUCAAGUAGCUUUAUGUGAGUGACGUUCUUUGCGCGAUAAAACGUUAAAACAAACAAAGUUGGCCUGAUAUCAGGCAAAUGUCCUGCAUCAGGGCAAGACAUCGGCUUCCUUUGAGAUUUGUUCUCUAUGGUGUAAACCUCGGUGUUCGCUCGAACACUCGCCAUUUGAUAAUAUUCGGUGAAGCCGGGACAGAACAGUACGAAAUAUCACUAUAUAUUCAUAUUCCAGUUUUCAACUGUUGGGUAUGGUUAAGUGAUUUUAACUUAGGUCGUUAAGUUUGAGGAUAGAGGUGUGACUCUGAAUAGGGCUUUAUAAAAACUCUGAUUCUAACUUCUAACCAUCGGCAAUUCUUAAAAAAAAAUGCCAUGUUAUUGUAGAUGCACAAGCAAGAAAUUAUUUCUCAUAUUGUCCGUCUGUGUCUUUUACCUUACAGGAGACAUGAAUAGACUUGAUAUGAAAAAAAGUGUCAGGGAGUUUGCAGAGAGACUUUUAACUCUAACAAAGCAAGACGUUAGCGGCGCGGUUGCAGCAGGUCACGUGCAUGAGGAUGUACCAGCCGAAAACAAGCAGGAUAACAACGAGCCCCAUACGUCCACAACAGGAAGCGAUAAGCCAAAGGACCACCUGGCUACUAAUGCACCCCCAGUAGGAUCGGCAGCGAAGCAAGCAGUAGCAGCGAAAAAAGCAAGGCCUCUUGUUUCCACAGGUGCUUGUCCCGUAUGUGGUGAGCACAGGGCUCACUUGAAAGCCCAUCUCGCAAGCAACAAGCCUGGUCAUAAAUGGUCAGAAAAAAGGUAUCGCCAAUGGCUGUACGAGAAACAGUCCUGUACAGACCGACAUGUAAAGCACUUAUGUCCGAAGAAGAACUGUGACUGGGUAGGUGUUAAACUUGAGAGGCACCUAGAAAAAAGCCACAACAUUGAGCCAAAGAGUCACGUCAUGGCUAAAUUGAGAGGCAAAAGUGUCGUACUUUCUAAAAAGCAACUGAAGCAAGACCAAGAAGACAGCAGUGAAGAUGAAACGUCUCAUACACAAACUACCAAGAAACGACCAGCAUUGUUGCGUACAUCUGAUGUUGCAAAAAGUGUUGGUCUAGUCCAACACAAGAAAAAGAAGAUGAAGACAAGUGUCUCGGAUGACGAAAGCGACUCGGAUGACGACAGCGAGAGCCAGAUCCCCUAUGCCGACAAUAGUGAUGAUGAUGAUGACUGCGAUGAUCUCAGUAACGAGGAAAACGUCCUUUGUGCUAGAAACAGAAGCCAAAGCAUCGAGACAGUAGAAGAGCCCCAUGAAACUGAAAAAGAGGGAGAGAACCAAGAUAUGGCUUGCUUUGAAGUCCCUUUUGAAGGUGUAAGCGGUAGAGGUCCUUUCGGUCCUGAUUCCAAGCCGAGAAAUAGCUACGAAGUCUUUAUGCGAGGUUGGAAUAACCAUCUUGCCACCCCAGAUGGAACGGAGAAGACUGAUGUUAGGAUCGCUCAAAUGUGCAGCCAAGUUGACAAGAUAGCCAAGUCUAUCCAUCCUAGUCCUAAGGAUCUAUCUGUCUUUCUGGACAAAGACAUCGUCUAUAAGCGUUUUUUCAAAGCCAACAUCGAACUCAGGAAGACCGACAAGUCCCUUGGCUUGACAUGCAAAACGCUGUCAACGUACUCUACGAGCCUCGAGCGCUUUCUCAAGUACAUCAUCCCUCUACUUUACACGUCACUGUCCGCCGACAAACGAAAAGCACUGAAGAAACUGAGGGAUGUACAGCCAAGCUGGAGAGAGAGUUGGGGGAAGAGAAUAGCUGAAGAGCGCGCAGAGCGUGAGUGGGUGGCAGAGAAAAACCUACCUACUCUAGAAGAAGCCAAGUCCCUUCUAGAGUCAGAGCACGCACAGAAAAUGACGAAAAUGUUGACGAGCCCUAAGAAGUACAAGCUAGACCUCUGUGACGCCCAAGCAGCAAGGAAUUAUCUUAUAUACCUCAUCAAUAAUGAAAACACAAAUAGGGCCGGACCUGUGGCAGAGAUAAAACUUUCUACGUUCAAGAAAGGAAUUAUGAAGGAAGGCAAAUGGACCAUCCAUAUAGCCAACCAGAAAACAACAAAGACUCUUGGUGGCAUACUCAUCCAGUUUUCCUCCUCGCUGCAUCAUAUGAUCCUAAAAUACAUCGAGUAUUUUAGACCACUGAUGGCAGCAAAUGCAAAGACGAAUGAAGACGCGCUCUUCCUUAACCAAACUGGAACACCAUAUACGAACAGCCACGUUCACCACGCCCUCAAGCAGUUCGCCAUCAGAGCAGGCACUCUUAGACCAGAGAGUGUCGAGGGAUUUUGCUCUAGUAUGAUCCGCCAUGUUGUUGUGACUAACACACGUGGCCUUUCUUCACCAGAAAAGAACAAUCUUGCAAGCAAAAUGGGGCACUCAAGACGUACAGCGGAUCUCAGCUACAAUCUGAUUAAUAAAGUCAAAGCGGCAAACAACGCACAUGAUACAAUGACAAAUCUAUGGGAGGGAGCAAGCAGUACAGAAGGUAAUCAAGUUGAGGCUCCAGAAGAUGAGAAUAGUGCCGAGGAAGCCAAAGAAGAAGAGACUGGUGACCACAAGACAGAACAGGAUGACAAUGAGACAAAUACGAUUCCUCCAUCAGAAAACGCGAACCAAGCAAAAUUUGUGUCGGUUGGGAGGAUGCGGUCGCUCUUUUCUCAGGCAGAUACCAAGGUCCUGCAGGCAGCAUGCAACCAGCUUAUAACAAGCAAGAAAGCUCCUACGAGAAGCCAAAUACUCAGGCAGAUUCGAAGUGACGAGAGAGCCGCUUUAAUCAGCGCCAGAGAGGGAGAGGAAAGGACGUACCAGAAGGUCAAGGGCAUGCGCCACAAGUUCCAGAAUAGUACGAACACCCGCUAAAACACUGUUGUAUUGCGCCCAUGUGCAUUAAUGUUAAGUUCGAUUAGUUGUAUAACAAAUACAAAAUUGAUUAUCGUUACCAGUUCACAGUAUAGAUUAAUGACAUCCCUCGAACACGACAGUUACAUCUUAUAUAAACAAGCAUAUUACGUGAAAAUACAGUUAUUUAUAUAACAAAUAUAAAACAUGAUUAUCGUUACCUGUUCUCAGAUAAAUUGAUGAAUAUUCAGCAAGCUAUCGCAAGUCAUGAAACGUACUUUAUAUAAGGCCAAAGAUGCAAGGAGCCAUUGCAACCUAUAUAUAAAUUAGAUUUUUGUAGGAAUAUUGGAGGAAAUAAAUCUCUUCAUGUCUUCUCAA